AUGCAGAGCCGGGCCGCGGCCCCCUCCGCGCCGCUAUCGUACCCCCCCCAACAGCCCCAGCCGCCGGCCGCGCCCCGCAACGUGCGCACGGCGCCGGCGCCGGGCACGAGCAACAAUGGGGGCGACUGGAGAGAGACGUUGGUGCUGCCGGCCAAGGACGAGCGGGUCCAGACGGCCGACGUGACCGCCACCAAGGGAAACGACUUUGAGGAUUACUUCCUCAAGCGCGAGCUCCUCAUGGGCAUUUUCGAGGCCGGGUUUGAGCGGCCCUCGCCGAUCCAAGAGGAGAGCAUACCCAUCGCCCUCGCGGGGCGGGACGUGCUCGCGCGCGCGAAAAACGGGACGGGCAAGACGGCCGCCUUUGUGAUUCCCAUCCUCGAGAAGGCCGACUCCUCCAAGAACCACAUCCAGUCCAUCAUCCUCGUCCCGACGCGCGAGCUCGCGCUCCAGACGUCGCAGGUCUGCCGCGACCUCGGCAAGCACCUCCACCUCGAGAUCAUGGUCUCGACGGGCGGCUCGUCGCUGCAAGAGGACAUCCUCCGGCUCAUGAAGCCGGUGCACCUCAUGAUCUCCACGCCCGGCCGCAUCCUCGACAUGGCCGAGAAGAACGUGGCCGACCUGACGCGCUGCGGCACCGUUGCCCUCGACGAGGCGGACAAGCUCCUCUCGCCAGAGUUCAUGCCGCUCGUCGAGAAGCUGAUCCGGCGGAUGCCGCCCGGGCGGCAGAUCCUGCUCUUCUCCGCGACCUUCCCCGUCAAGGUCGCCUCCUUCCGCGACCGCGUCAUGAACAAGCCGUACGAGAUCAACCUGAUGGACGAGCUGACGCUGCACGGCGUGACGCAGUACUACGCGUUCGUCGAGGAGAAGCAGAAGGUGCACUGCCUCAACACGCUCUUCGCCAAGCUCUCGAUCAACCAGUCCAUCAUCUUCUGCAACUCGACCACGCGCGUCGAGCUCCUCGCCAAGAAGAUCACCGAGCUCGGCUUCUCGUGCUACUACAUCCACGCUAAGAUGCACCGGAACCGCGUCUUCCACGACUUCCGCAACGGCGCCUGCCGAAACCUGGUCUCGUCGGACCUCUUCACGCGCGGGAUCGACAUCCCCUCCGUCAACGUCGUCAUCAACUUCGACUUCCCCAAGCAGGCAGAGACCUACUUGCACCGCAUCGGCCGGUCCGGCCGCUUCGGCCACCUCGGCCUGGCCAUCAACCUCAUCACCUUCGACGACCGCUUCAACCUCUACAAGAUUGAAAAGGACCUCGCCACCGAGAUCAAGCCCAUCCCGCCGCAGAUCGACACGGCGCUCUACGCGUAUGCGUGA